AUGGACAUAGUUGAAGGCAAGCAAGAGGCCCAGGUUAGGGACUUGCCUUUACAGCCUAUAAACGGUCCAUUGAUUAUUUUGAUAAAGAUUGGAUUACCAAAGAAUCCCCCUUUUCAUGCCAGUCCUCGUGCUGCAACGUUAUGGCUGGGGAGGUCAA